AUGUUGCCAAGGAGUUACAUCAAGAUGCGCCGGACCAAAUACGACUUGCGCGUACCAGAGUUAUAACGCUCUGAGCCAUUAUAAAUGUCGGAAAAAAAAAAUGUAAAAAUUGAGCAAAAAACUUUUUGCUCUACAAAUUUCAAAUAAAAUUCCAAGACUUUAUAAAAAAAUCAAUCAAAAAAAUUGAAAUUGAAAAAGAUUGAACACUUUUUAUUAUAAUAUUUGAACUUUUUCAAAUUGAGAAAAUGAUAUAAAAUUGAGCUUAUUCGAGAAAUGUUAAGCCAAAAAAACUUAUAAGUUCUUUGAAAAAAACAUUUUUUUCUUGAAUACUUUUCCAAAAAUUUCAAUCGAAAUGCGUUAGAAACUUUUUUUCAAGCAAUUAUUUAUUAUAAGAAAGGUCAUCGACUACAACUAACCUAAAAAAAUAAACAAAAUAAUGAGCACGAAAGUUCACAUCCAUUUCCUUGUCCCUAUUUACUCGCCAAAAUUUUGAAAUUCGCACUUUAUCAGUACUUUUCCGAAUCAAACCCAACAAUUUCAAGUACCCCGUCUUCAAAAAAAAGGCAUGAGGAAUGUUGGAAAAAGGCCUGAGGGUGCGAAAAAUAAUCAGAUUUUCGGUUCCUUUUCCUGACCACCAUUUUUUGGGAAGAAUUUCGGCUUUUCCAAUCGGAGAAAAAAAAGUGGGAGUUUACUUGCAAGAUUACUUCGAAAAGCGAGAGAGGAGGAUCUCGGAUUCCGAGCACUUCGGAAAUAUCUGCAAGAGUUGAAAAACGCGAAAAAAAAUACUCGUAAACUGGUGAAAUUUCACUUUUUUCCUCAAAUUUUUUUCAUUAAUGUUUUUGUCACUUCUUAUUGCGUGAACUAACUUGAACUUUAACAUUACAUCACUGUUAACUUUUAAAUUGUGAAGUACUUGAGCAAUACUUUCCAAAUUACAGCAAAAAGAGGGAGGAAAGACAACGCGACGCCGCCGUCUGCUCGCCUCGGCCUCAUCCCGAAAUCGCUGUUCUCGCCGAAACGAGCAAGUCGGUUGGCGUCGGGACACGCAGCAACGUAAGAAGGACUCGUUUCCAUCGUUCAGUAUCGCUUCUCGGCCUAUUGGCUAAGAUCAAAGUGUAGUAUCUGUUCUUAUCGUAUUAACCUACGGUAUGUGCUCGAAUGAGUACAAUAUAGGUUAACUUAUUUUUGCAACCGAGAGUGGAUCCGGAGCUUGCUCCGACCGCUCAAGGGUCGUCCCAGCGUUGCACUGCUGCAGGGCACGGCCCAGACCUCCCCGGGGGUCAAAAAGAAAUAUGAACAUGGGAAAAAAAGAAGUACUGCUGAGGUCCUACACAAUAAGUUAUGAGGGAUAGUACUGCCAGAAUGAAUUUAUUGCUAUUAUAAGGGAAGUAUCUCGAAAGAAGUUAGGUCUCAAUAAAUAAAGCUCUGCAUAAACUCAAAAAAGCAAAACUUUUUAGAAGAAGCUGUCACCUGCUCAAAAGAGUUGAGAUUUCAAGAAUUGAUUGAUUUAGAAAACAGUUAUGACGUUUUUUUUUGAUGUGUGAAAUUAUAAAAGAGCUGUCACGGAAAAUUAACAGCUCAGAAAAUACUUUCACACCUGUCCAUCACUCGUAAAACUCCUAAAAUCUGUUUGAUUGCCUUUAGAAAGCGUAAAGGUUGCUAAUAAUAAUAAUGAUAAUAUAUACUCAUCCACAUGGAUCAGUAAUAUUUUCUUUCCUGGGCAAAAAAAAUUGGGGUGGGAGUUUCACAGAAACCUAUUCUGAAGUCGAUCUAACAGGUUUUAGGAGUUUUGCGAGUGGUUACCAGGCGUGAAAGUAUUUUUCUGAAGUAUAAUUUUUUUCUCUAUGACGGAAAAAGUUUUUUUAGAAAGAACUUCCUUCACUCCGACCUUACUAAAUUUCUGAAAUGGUAUCUGUAUCUCAUUUAACCUUUUAACAAUUGGAGUAGUACUGAUCACCUAAGCAGGACUGUUUUUUUUUCUUUCCCUUCUGCAGUUCUCUCGAAACAUGUCUCUUAUAAUAGGAAUAAAUUCAUUCUAGCAGUUCCAUCACUCAUCUUUUUCUUAUUGUGAAGUACUUCUGCAGUACUUCUUUCCUUUCCACGUUCAUGUUUCUUUUUGACCCCCGCGGAGGUCUGGGCCGUGCCCUGCAGCAGUGCAACGCUGGGACGACCCUUGAGCGGUCGGAGCAAGCUCCGGAUCCACUCUCGGUUGCAAAAAUAAGUUAACCUAUAUUGUACUCAUUCGAGCACAUACCGUAGGUUAAUACGAUAAGAACAGAUACUACACUUUGAUCUUAGCCAAUAGGCCGAGAAGCGAUACUGAACGAUGGAAACGAGUCCUUCUUACGUUGCUGCGUGUCCCGACGCCAACCGACUUGCUCGUUUCGGCGAGAGCAGCGAUGUCGGGAUGA